GUAAAGGCUAUCCAUGGUCUAGGAACCACUAUAGAUGUUAUAUUAGUCAAUGGAAGUAUUAAGGAAGGAGAAGCUAUAGUAAUAGCUGGUACAGAGGGUCCUAUUGUCACCUCUAUCAGAGGUUUACUCAUGCCUCAACCCAUGAAAGAACUUCGAGUCAAG